UUGUGUUUUUGACGUUUGAUGAUUUAAUAGAUACGUUUUGAAGAUUUAAUCGAGGAAAAAAAAUAUUGUUUUCAAUUUAUUGUCACUGGUUAAUGGAAAUGAUGCCGAAAAAAGAUUUGUAAUCCCAAACACAUAAAAAAACUCAAAAUGAACUCAAGUGGUGUUAUUGUACCUGCCUGCUCCUCAGACAAGGAACCGUCACCAUCGCUUGGUAAAAUAAUUAUCACAAAAGAAGUAAAGAAUGCUAUUGACCGGGUCCUUAAAACAGACGAUCCUAUGGACUCGCCAAACUUCAACACGGUUGAUUAUAUUAAUCAAAUGUUUCCCAAUGAGCAGUCCCUGGCAGGCAUCGAUGAUAUUAUCUCUAAAAUGCAAUUCGAAUGCACUGUCAUUGACGAAAAUAUACGCAGUGUAGUACGUUGCCAAACAAACACCGGCCAAGACGGACGUAUUGCUCUAAAUGACGCUCAAAAAGUUAUAAACAGUUUGUACAACCAGAUCAUAGACGUAAAGACUCGUGCUGAAAAAACAGAAGAAAUGGUCAAGGAAAUAACUCGUGAUAUAAAACAACUGGAUUGUGCUAAGAAGAAUCUAACUUCCGCCAUUACUACACUCAAUCAUUUGCACAUGCUAGUUGGUGGAAUCGAUAGCUUAAAUAAAUUGAUUGAAAAAAGGUUGUACGGUGAGAUACUAAACCCUUUACAAGCCAUAUCCGAGGUCAAUCAACAUUUUCAACAAUACAGCAACAUUCAAGAGAUAAAGAAUUUGUCGCAAAAUGUCGACCAAAUUCAAGUACUCCUUGCAAAACAAAUAACCGAAGAUUUCAAGGAAUCCUUCUCGCCAACCCAAAAGAAAUCGAGUACUGGUCACCAACGUCUUCCUUUGUCACAAUUAACUGACGCGUGCAAAGUUGUCUCCGUCCUAGAUUCGCGAGUAAGAAAAGACCUGCUUAAAUGGUUUAUACAACAGCAGCUUGAGGAGUACUCUCAUUUAUUCCAUGAAAACCAAGACAUAGCUUGGUUGGAUAAAAUUGAUAAACGCUAUGCAUGGCUUAAACGACAUUUACUAGAUUUUGAGCAGAAAUUCGGAGCAAUGUUUCCACUAGAUUGGGAAGUUUCCGAAAGAAUUGCCGUGCAAUUUUGUAAUAUUACUCGAGAUGAUCUUUCAUCUAUUAUGGCCAAGCGACUGAACGAAAUCGAUGUCAAGCUUCUAUUGUUUGCUAUUAAUAAGACACAAGCUUUCGAGCAGCUGUUAUCGAAGAGAUUCACUGGUAUUACAUUGACGGGUUGUUCUGAAACUAGUUCAACAGUUCUCACAACAGCUAGUGGCAAUGUCCAACAACAAGGAAUAUUUCAUGACCUUAUAGGGCAAUGUUUCAAAGUUCAUCUCAAUGUUUACAUAAAUAGUAUCGAUAGAAAUUUGGCUGAGUUGAUGGAACGCUUUGUUGAGAUGUCCAAAGAGCCCUUACGAGUUCUUGAAUCGAAGACAACUGUAUUUCCAAGUUCGGGGGAUCUUUUUGUGUUUUAUAAGAAAUGUAUGGUUCAAUGUACACAACUAAGCAACGAUCAACCCAUGUACGACUUGGCAAUGAUAUUUAAGAAAUACCUACGGGAAUAUGCGAGUAAAGUUCUCGAUGCAAACACACCAAAAAUGCAAAGCGUACAAAAUUCAAUUGGAAAUUCCAUGUCAUUAUUAACAAAAGAUCUUCAAAAUCUAUCAACUGCUGCCGGCCAAGUGUUUUAUAAUUUUCUGAAAGAGGGUGAAUCUCAAAGAUUUACCAAAAAUGACUUUGUGAGAAUUUGUUGUAUUCUAACAACUGCCGAAUACUGUCUCGAAACUGUGCAACAACUGGAAGAUAAACUCAAAGACAAGGUGACUCCAGCCUAUGCGAACAAAAUUGACAUGUCUGAAGAAAAGGAUAUAUUUCACAGAACAAUAUCGAAUUGUAUUCAAUUAUUAGUUCAAGAUUUGGAAAAUGGAUGUGAAACGUCACUGACGGUAAUGAGUAAAGUUCAAUGGCAACAUAUAAACAAUGUUGGUGAUCAGAGUCCCUUUAUAAACACUAUAAUUGCACACUUUAAACAAUCCAUUCCGACAAUUCGUGAUAAUUUGGCAACAUCACGUAAAUAUUUUACGCAAUUCUGCCACAAAUUUGUCAGUUCGUUCAUUCCAAAGUUUGUAAAUACAUUGUAUAAGUGUCGCCCUACUAAUUCCGAUGGAUCAAAUAAUAUUUUAGGCUGUGAACAAUUGCUACUUGAUACACACAGUUUAAAGACUGUUUUACUUGAUUUGCCAUCGAUUGGAUCGAGCGUUAAUCGUAAAGCACCGACUAGUUACACGAAAGUCGUUAUCAAAGACAUGAGUAGAGCUGAAAUGAUUAUCAAAGUUGUGAUGACUCAAAUUCAACCAGCUGCAGCAUUCACUGCUCAGGUGUUAAAGCUUUUGCCCGAUAUAACAAUAGCGGAAUACCAAAAAAUUUUGGAUAUGAAAUCUGUAAAGAGAUUAGAUCAAAUGCAGUUGAUCGAAAUGUACAAACGUGCUAUGCCACAGGUCAAUACCGCAGUUGGUACCACUUCGUCUGCUGCUCACCGCACAAACCCUGAAGGUAAUGUGGGCCAGGAGCAGGACAAUAAAUCUACUGGCGGGAUAGUUGAAGAAGAUAGUGUCGGACAAAGCACAGCAGGCGGCAGUAGUUCUUUAAGCGUUCAAAGUGGGACUCCAAACAAACGGGCGUUUCUCUUUUCCGGGUUCAAUAGCAAUAGUAGUAAUGACAAGAACAUAGAUCCAAAUACAGCUACAGCACCACAAUCAACACCAACUUCGUCCGAGCGAGGAAGAAUUCGUAAGCUUGAAAGUUUACUUAAAAAGCGUUUGCAGUAAAUGUAAAUAUCAUUUUUGUUUGUGGCAAUGAAGUAGAAAAUUUGAUAAUAAAUAAAACGUCUGAAGACUGAGUCCUAA